UUAGAGGGAUGGAAUCUAGCCGCUACCGUGUUGGGUUUAUUUUUUUAGCGAGGUGAUAGAGUCAGAGUGUAUGUGCGUUCUUUGAAUCGACUUUUCCAUAACAAGAUAUUAUUAGAAGCCUGGGAACAUCAAGGGUUACCUCAGAGCCAGCACUGAUUGACUAAAAUGCAAGUCUGUCAAAAGAACUGAAAUAAGGGGGCAAUCUGCAGAGGCUAAGAUAAAAGGAUGAAGCUCCAGCGUGUACAUCUGAAGUGUAAAAAUCUACAUGAGUUCCUCCAGGAGUUGAGUCCCACCAUUCUAGAUCAACUAUACAACCAUCCUGCAACUUGUUUAGCUGUGUUCAGAGAGCUUCCUGGGCUAGCUAAGAAUUAUGUAAUGCGCAUGCUCUUCCUCGAGCAACCUCUACCACAAGCAGCAGUUGCACUGUGGGUAAAAAAGGAAAAUCACAAAGAACAUGAAGAGAACACUCAGGUUUUAACAGGACUGCGUCUCUGGCAUAUGCAGCAACUCCCUGGUGGGCUACAAGGAUUAAUCUUAAACCCGAUUUUCAGAGAAAAUCUUAGAAUAGCUCUACUUGGUGGGGGAAAAGCUUGGGCUGAUGACGGUAGCCUGCUGGGACCUGAUAAACAUGGAAAAGAUGUGCUGUCAUUGGAUAAAUAUGCAGAGGAGAGAUGGGAGGUUAUUCUGCACUUCAUGGUUGGUUCUCCAAGUGCUGCUGUCAGCCAGGACUUGGCACAGCUCCUUAUUCAAGCUGGUCUUAUGAAAAGUGAAUCUGGCGAAGCUCCCUGCAUUUCAUCGGCUGGCUUCCAGUUUUUGCUUUUAGACACAGCUUCUCAACUCUGGUAUUUUAUGCUUCAGUAUCUAAAAACAGCCGAGUCUCGUGGAAUGAUUCUGGUGGAGAUCCUUUCAUUCAUGUUCCAGCUAAGCUUCUCAACUUUGGGAAAGGAUUACUCUGUGGAAGGAAUGAGCGACUCUUUAUUGACAUUCUUACAACAUCUGCGUGAAUUUGGACUUGUGUUUCAGAGAAAAAGGAAGUCUCGAAGGUACUACCCUACACGAUUAGCCAUAAAUCUAGCAUCAGGAGUAUCUGGAACCACUGUGGACAGCCAUAAACAAGGUUUUAUUGGUGUAGAGACAAACUACAGGAUAUACGCAUACACAGAUUCAGAGCUCCAAAUUGCCUUAAUAGCGCUUUUCUCUGAGAUGCUUUACCGGUUUCCAAACUUGAUUGUAGCUCAGGUUACACGAGAAAGUGUGCAGCAAGCAAUUGGAAAUGGUAUCACAGCUGAGCAGAUAAUCCAUUUCCUACGGACAAGAGCACACCCAGUGAUGCUGAAGCAGACUCCAGUGCUUCCCCCAACUAUUACUGACCAAAUUCGACUUUGGGAGCUUGAGAGAGAUAGACUUCGUUUCUCUGAAGGUGUCCUGUACAACCAGUUUUUAUCCCAGGUGGAUUUUGAACUUUUGCGAAACUAUGCACGCGAUCUUGGUGUUCUUGUGUUUGAAAACCCAAACAAACGAGUGAUGGUUGUUACACCAGCGGGUCAUUCAGAUGUCAAGCGCUUCUGGAAACGACAAAAACACAAUUCUUGAUAAAAAUAUGUUUUUGAGAUUCUGGAAUAUCUCUUUAAUGCAUAUCAAUAAUGACUGAAUUUGCAUUUUCUUUUAAAUGCUGGAAAUUUCACACAUCUUACAGUUAAAAUAUUGCAUUAUGUUCCUUCCAACUACUUUCUGCUUAGCUCAUAAAGAUAUACCCCAAGACCUGAAAUGAGGCCCGCCAUCACUGGUAUUUCACCGUAUUAAACUGGUAGUUCAGUAUUGGUAGAAUGGUGUAUCUUUUUGUAAUAUUAUUAUUGCAACAUUUCUCUACAAACCACUGAUGAUAUACACAUGUUUUGAAUAUCUAAUUCCUUCAUUUGAACUAUCAAUAUGGCAAGCUGUAAUGUAGAGUAGUAUCCAGUGAUAGAAGGUGCAUAGGUUCAUGACCAGAUCUAAUAAAUAAAAUGUGAUGAUCCUUAACAUGUAAAUAACGCACAAGAAAGAAAGGAUGGAGGGCUUGUGUCCAAGUACAAACACCAAAAAGUGUAGCAGUACUCAAAAUGGGAGUACAACGUACCCCACAGUGAACUUAACAUGUACACAGAACUAGGUUCACUAAAAUAUGGAGUUGCAUAUCAAAAACGAUAGAAAACUGUUCCCUAUGUAUUUGUAUAAUUUUCGGGAAAUCUCAAUUUAGUGAAUAUAUUCUAAAUAGAAAUUUGAGACUUGUUAAGUCAAGACAAAAAUGUGUAAAAUCUAAUUGGUCUGUUAUUUGCCACUUUUUAGUUAAAGGGACUUGAUUUCUCAUGAUUCAGAUAGAGCAUUUGCUUCACUCUCUUUGUAUUCUUUGUUGAAAAUCAUACCCAGGUAAGCUAAGAAGCAGCAAUGCACUAUGGGAGCUAGCCUGUUGAAUAGUGGCUGCAUAUCUAUGCCUCUUGUCAAUGGCUCACCCAUUGUGUUUAGCUAGCUCCCAGUGUUGCAUUGCUGCUCCAUCAACAAAGGAUACCAAAAGAUUUAGGCAAAUUUGAGAAUAUAGGUAAAUUGGAAAGUUGUUUAAAACGGUAUGCUCUAUCCUAAUGAAUAAAAAAAUGUGGGGUUUCAUUUCUCUUUAAAUAUUUAUCUAUUACUACAAUAUUUAUUUUGUGUUAUUAAACUAGACACAUUAAAAAGUGAAUAAAUGUUAAAAGGAAUACCAGGCAUGUGUAAAAAUGCUAUAGUAACAUCUUGCAGCAUAUUUUUUAUUUCCAAUUUUUGUAAUUUUUAUUUGAAUAAAUAUAAAUAAAAAAAUAUUUCUGUAAA